AUGGAGUUAAGUCUGGACAAUGAUGUCAUCACAUUAGAUAACGAACCGACUAAAAGUGUUUUAAAGUCAUUUAAAGUGUCGAUGAAUUAUGAAAAUCACAAAUAUUUUGGUAUAGUGAGGAUGUAUGGGGAUGUCCAGUUGUCACAAACAAAGAUUACCAAAAUCAUUAAGAGCGAAGAAGUCAUCAACGUCUUUAUAGAUUUUGGGGGGAGGACUGAGGAAGUUCGACUUAAAAAGGAGAGUCAAUUAUUAUCUGCAAGAAAUAGUGUGAAUGAGAGUGCUUUGAACACACUUGCACAAGCACAACAAAGCACUAAAAAGACGCCAGAUAAUCUUAGUCCACGUUCCCCACGAGUCUCAAACAAAUGUGAAUGUUCUUAUAAAGUCGAUUUCAUGAUGAAAGACAACGAAUUAUUGAAAACGAAGAUGGGUGAGUUAGAAAGGCAAAUGAAUGAAACGAAAUUGAAAACACAAGAAGUUGUAGGACACAAUGAACACCUUGUUGAAUUGGUUGAAGGUGUUGAAAAACGCAUGUUUCAAACACAAAGUCAUUCACAGAAAGCCGAGUUGUUAGAAGAUUUAAAGAAAGAUGAAGAACUUCAAAAAAUCGACAAAGUCGAUUUAUCUCCAAUCGAUGACAAAUUCAAAAUACUCGAGCAGCUGAUAGAACACGUGAAACAAAGUCAAUGCAGAGAAAGCGAAAAAGUUGAAAAAGUCGAAAAUCAAGUUGACGAUAUUGUCAAAUCACUUGAUGUGUUAAAAACAGAAGUUGAUGACCAAGAGAAGUGUACACAGCUUCUCAUCGCCAAAAUUGAGAAAAUAGAACAAGACAACACACUUGACAAAUUUGAAAGGGUUGAGAAUGUCAAAACAACAACAGAAGAAUCGCCACUAAUGGACUCUGAAAGACAUGAAAAUGAGUCUCAAUUACUCGAAUCUCCAAACAAAGAAAUCGAAGUUCAAAAAUAUGUGUUUAUUUUCACAAAUUUCAAAGACCUCAUUGGCGAGUUGCAGAAGUUAAUGAAUAACGUCGUUGAAUUUUGGGAUGGAGUGAGAAGAGAACUUGUACCGUCCACAAUCAUUGUAGUCGAUGGAAUGCUCAUCCGAAUCAAUAAAGCAGUUAUCACGAAAAUGUUUCCAGGCGUUCCACUGGUGUGCGCGUCAAACUCUGUGACACAAGAUGAAUCAAUUAUAGUGUACCAAACACUCAACACACUGCCACAGAUUCUUAUUACUAAAGUUGUUUUGUGA